GCUGCCUCGAGCUUUAAUUUCCACUUUAGGAAAGUUUGAAUGACGAUCGAUUUGAAAACUGCAUUACAGUAUCAUCGCAGAUUGAAGAAGGUGGCGUUAUCCGCAAUACGUUGCAGUUUGCUGAAAGAGUCUAAUUUUAAUACCGUCCCCUAUUUUCAAGUAUGGCGGGAGGAGAUGAGGUUAACCGGAUGUUUUUAUUUGUGCCAAUUGGAGUUGGUUUAAUGAUCGGAAGUGUUCUAACUAUUGCUUAUGUUAGAUCUCCAGUUUCAGCUGUUCCGGUCGACGAUUUCCGCGUCAUGAGCGACUUUGAAUGGGCACAGGUUGAAAAUAAUGACUUACAACGCGGAAGAAGAAUUCUUCCUGAACUAGUGCAACCAGAGUCAAUCGCAUUCGAUGAGCAUGAUAACCUAUACACUGGACUCAAAGGUGGCAGGGUGGUGAAAAUCAUAAAUCCUGGGAAAGCAAACCAAAGUGUCAUCAACUUGACGGAAUCAUUCGACUAUGCAAAAGAAAGCAAACGAAAUAAAAAGCGUCCCCUUGGCUUUCGCCUUCAUGGUUCAAAGUUGUAUUUUGCAGAUGCUUUUCAAGGAGUCAUUAUGAUCGACUCAGAGUCGCAUACUUAUGAUGUCAUAGUGGACUUUAAUGACGUCAGCCCGCCCUUGUUGUUUCUCGAUGAUUUGACCAUAACCUCUGAUGGAAAAACAAUAUAUUUCACUGAUAUGAGUCUAAAGUGGAAUUACGAUGACGUCACCUUAGCUAUUACUGAAGGUGAUUGCACCGGAAGAUUAUUUAAAGUUGAUGUUUUAACCAAAAACACCGAACUUAUCCUAGAUAGUUUGUGUUUACCAAACGGCAUUGAAAUUGUGGAAAAUGAAACUCAUGUUCUUCUGUCCGAGCACAAUUAUCGACGCAUCACAUUGGUUAACCUCGAAUCUGCAAAAGUUGUGCGACACAUCCCACUCCCGGCUGGGCCAAACAACAUUCGAAAGAGGAAGAAUGGUGGAUAUUGGGUAGCAAUGCUAUAUAUUCCAGAACCGGGACAUUUUGUGACAUGGGCUCCUGUAUUCCGUCAGAUACUUGCCGGCGCAUUAGGGUCGGACGGCACUUUGACCAAAUUCAACUUAUCCCAAGGAGUGGCUGUGAAGCUGAACGAAAAUUUUGAACCCGAGAGUAUCCAUUUGGACUUGGAAGGCAAACUGUCCCAAGGUGUUACAGAAGUAUCUGAACUGAGCGACGGAACACUUGCACUCGGAUCUGCCAUCUCAAAUGGAAUCACUUUGGUUGAUCCUCUACCUCCUCCAGUGGACCCUCUUCUUUCGACGGAUGUUUCCACCUAGUUCAUUUAUGAAGGGGAACUUAGUUCAUUCAUAACUGAUAUUCUCAUUUUAUCUACUCUGUCUUUUUGUGAAACGAAUGUAUUCAAUUGGA